AUGGACGAGAAGGCUUUCGUUGAUGCCACACAAGUCGAGAAUGGUCCUAGUGCUCACCAGGCUAUCAAGAUCGACGGUGAAGUCGUCCUAGUCUCCGAUUCGACAGUGCAAAGAAUACCAGUUGCAUCUGCUGACCCAAAUGAUCCCUUAAAUUUCUCCAAAUGGCGCAAAAUGGGCAUUAUGAUCACUACUUGUUGGUUUUCGAUCUUCUCCCUCCUUUCUCUCGCUGGCCUGGGAUCGUUCUUCAACACGCUCUUCCAUCUCUAUGGAGCCGAUCAUACGCCUGACCAAAUCGUGGGGCUCAGUACCUAUCCAACGAUGCUGAUGGCGGUCGGCUGUUUGGUUCUCCUGCCGAUCGCCAUGGUGAUCGGUCGUCGGCCAGUUUUUAUCAUAUCUGUUCUCGUAUGCUUGAUCUGCUACAUUACGGCAGGCACAAGUCAAACAUUCUCGCAACAUUUCAUCAGCCGCAUCUUUAUCGGGAUCGCCACCGGCGCAGUAGAAUCCCUUCUACCACUCAUCAUUGCUGAUGUCACAUUUCUCGAUGAACGUGGAUUUUACUUCGGCAUAUACUGGUCGACUCAAAACUGUGUCAGCUCAGGUAUACUCAUUGGAUUGCCCUAUCUGAUUGCGGACGCCGGAUGGAGAUGGUUCUACUGGCUUUUCGUCAUCACAAUGGCUAUUUCAUUCAUCUUCGCAUUUUUCUUGCUACCCGAAACUAAGUUUGCUCGGUUACCCAUCACUCUGAGUGGCAAGACUAUUCACACAGACGAGUUUGGUCACACAAUGGUUCUGGACAAUGAGGAAGCUCUACAGCGCUUUGGACACAUUGAUGCGGAUGAGCAUACCCCAGAGCCAAAACGGACCUACCUACAAGAACUCAAACCCUGGUCAAAGAUCACACCUAAUGCUUUCAAGGUUUGGUGUGGAGCCUAUAUCAAGAUUGGCAAGGCUUUUACAUCCCCAGCUGUCAUUUGGGCUCUGCUCCUCUCCUCGAUCUCCUUGGGCAUCGGCAUUGCGGUAUCCUUCGUGUACAGCGUCGUUCUUGAGGUCAGCUAUAAAUGGUCGCCUGGAUCAGUGGGACUUUUCAACGUCGGGAUCAUUCCCGCAUCAUUCCUGGCUAUGGCAUACUCUGGCUGGUUCGGCGACAAGAUGAACCUUUGGCUAGCCAAGCGAAAUGGUGGUGUUCACAGACCCGAACAUCAACUUGUGAAUCUGAUAUUCCCCUGUCUCGCUGGAGUCGUUGGGCUAGUCGCAAUCGCGUUACCUGCCAACAGCCCAGAGCAAUACUCUGCUUGGGGAAUGCUCAUCGGUUGGGCAAUAUUCCAAUUCUCUUUCACAUCCAUAAUCAUCACAACGACUACAUUCGCAGCCGAAGUCAUCCCAGAGAACCCAGGUGCAGCCAUUGUGUGUGUGGUGGGCGGCAAAAACCUUGUUUCGUUUGGUGCCUCUCAAGGUAUCAUCCCUAUGGUCUCCAAAUAUUCAUAUUUGACUGCCUUUAUGAUCUUAUUGGGAAUCUUGAUCGGAAUCUGCUUACUUGGCAUCCCCGUCUACUUCCUCAACCGCAAGUGGCGUAAAGCGACUGCCAAGGAGAUCCAGACUUAA